CACGACUCGCGAGCUACUGGUAGCUGCCCGGUGCUCGGGAGUCAGGGGUUGUCUCAGCUCCAACAUCUGUUUUACCGCAUUCAUCGAUAUACAUGCCGUGACCUGAUCUACCACAUCUAUACCGGCUACGGCACGUCGUCUCGGCCGGGUAUUUUUACCGAUCUGUGCUGCAGCACGUAAAGGACGCCGUCCCCCAAGCGCGAGUAUUCCCCCGCGCAGAAACCCCCGGACGGGCGAUCCUCAGAUCAGUGCCACUGCCCCUCUAGGCUUCUCUGCGUUCGCCCAACAUGGCCACCAACUCUAUGCACAACCUGACCACUCUUAUCAAGAGACUCGAGGCUGCCACGUCUCGGCUGGAGGACAUUGCCCAGGCGGCCUUCGAACUUCCCCAAGGUGUCCCAACUCUUCAGCAGACACCGGCAACGCCAAAUCCGGCAGUGUCGGCAAGGGCUGCGUCUCCGGCCCCGCCCCCACCCGCCGCGCGAGAGCCUGUGCCCGAGUCGAUCGAGGAAUUUGAUGCUUUUAUUACCCGGUCUCUCGGGAACUGGGUCAAGAUUAGCAAUGCGAUCGGAGGUGUCGUCGCGGAGCAGGCGGUUAAGGUCGUGGAAGCCUUCGAGGAACAGCGCAAGUUCCUGCUGAUCACUACCAAGGCAAAGAAGCCCGACCUUAAAGGCGCCGAUGUGUCCGUCUUUCAGGAUCUUGUCAAGCCCAUCGGCAACCUGAUGGCAGCCAUUGGCAAUAUCAAGGACUCGAACAGAGGGGACUCGCACUAUAACAACCUCUGCACUGUUUCCGAGAGUAUCAUGGCUCUAGGUUGGGUGACCAUCGACACCAAGCCGUUCAAAUACGUCGAAGAGAGUCUCGGAGCGGCGCAGUUUUGGGGAAACAAGAUUUUGACGGCGAAUAAGAACAAGGACGAACAGCAGGUCGAAUGGGUAAAGGCUUACUACCAGGUAUUCCGGGAUCUCACCGAGUACGUCAAAACCUACUUCCCCAACGGCGUUCCAUGGAACCCCAAGGGAGUACCUGUGGCCGAAGCCGCCAAGCUAGUGGAUGCGGACCCGCCUACCCCGGCAGCUCCUGCACCCACAGCUGGAGGGCCCCCGCCGCCGCCUCCCCCUCCGCCAGGCCCGCCACCGGUUCUCAAGAUCAACGAGCAGAAGGCCGAGUCGAAACCGGCGGCGGGUGGCUUUGGCGCAGUCUUCUCGGAGCUUAACAAAGGAGAGGCGGUCACCAAGGGCCUCAGGAAGGUGGACAAGUCCGAGAUGACGCACAAGAACCCGUCACUACGUGCCGGGUCGACAGUCCCUGACCGGGGCUCCUCGGCACGAGGCAAGAGCCCUGCGCCACCGGGCACCAAGCCCAAGCCGGAGAGCAUGCGGGUGAAGAAGCCGCCCAAGAAGGAGCUGGAAGGCAACAAGUGGACAAUUGAAAACUUCGACAAGGAGCCGGCCCCCAUCGAACUGGAAGUCUCCAUCUCGCACUCGGUGCUCAUCUCCAAAUGCAACAACACAACCAUCAUACUCAAGGGCAAGGCCAACGCGGUGACGGUCGAGAACACCAACCGCUUGUCUCUCGUGGUCGAGUCGCUCGUCUCGACCGUCGACGUCGUCAAGUCGCAAAACUUCGCCCUGCAGGUCAUAGACGGCGAGACCAUCCCCACCGUGCUCAUGGACCAGGUCGACGGCGCCCAGAUCUACCUGAGCAAGGAGAGCUCCGGCACACGCAUCUACUCGAGCAAGUCGGCUAGCAUCAACCUCAACGUGAUUGCCGAACCGGACGGGGACUUCAAGGAGAUGCCGCUGCCGUCGCAGAUCUGCUCGUAUUUUGAGCCCGAGAAGGGGGAUGUGGUCAACGAGAUUGUCUCUCACGCCGGCUGAAAAAAUACGGUUAGUGGGAGGGGCGGUCCACGGAGGGAGCUCGGGGCGUGGCCGGGAGGCAGUCUGUAGUUGAAGUUAGGUGUUGGAUCUGGAUGUAUGUAGAACAAGGAGAAGAAAGAGAGCAGCGGCAAAACGUUGGACUGUUUUGGCGUGUAUGCUCCGGUUUUCAAACACAUCGGUGGUGCUGUAGUGGGUUUGCUUCCUGCUUCCGGCAUCGUAUCGCCUGAGGCUCGUCUCGUCAGCUAGUUGGACAUCUCGCAACUAGAGUUAUUGCGACAUGAGAAAAUGCAUAUUUCACAG